CCACUGGAUGUGAAUAUAAACAACACUUAAUCGAAAUUUCAAAUUCUUAAAGCCAUUUUUAACUAGAUUUGUAAGACUUUGCCAUCUUUAAAUCUAAUGUUAGUCAAUUAUAUGAACGAAAGAUUAAAACGAUUCGUAUAUAGUAGUAAAAUGUUGAUGAAAAAAUGUUAAUUAUUUACUGAAAUCACCAUCGGUUUUUAGUGGGGUUCAAUUUUACCCAAGUAGCUAGAAAAUAAGCUUGCAAACCUUUAUUAUUUAAAUCAACACUGUAACGGUUUUGUGUUGGGUUCGUAUCGCCCAGUUCUAUGUUGUGUUCUGUUUACUUUUGUUUGCCUUAUGGAAAAUUUUCGUUUUUUGCUAUGGCAUUGACAUUUUUUUUUUCGACUUGAAUAUUCCUUUGGUAUCUUUCGCCUCUAUUUCACCCUAUCAAUUCAUCUGUUCUCGCUUCUUUUGGAGUUCAUGUGAUUCCCGACGUUUUGUUUGCUAUAUUUAGUCGUCUCAUGUUAAUCGAUAAACGAGAUUUAAACCACUGUAAACUACUGUCACCUAAAUUGAAAAGGAAAAAAGACAACGAUCCAACUCUUAUUUCCUGAUAUAGAAUAUAUUGUUAGGUCAAUAAUUCUCAAACCCACUGAGUACAAAUAUCAUCAAUUGGCCGAAUUUUGAAUAUGUCUCAUUGUUAUAUUGAGGAAAAAUAUUUCAAGAUAAUCGGAAAUGUUUCGUACUUAAUUAACUCAAUAAUAUUCACUGUCAUUUCCUUUUGUCAUAAUUCAAAAUUCUACUUCGAAAUAUUUCCUCAUUAUUAAUAUAAAUUUAUCACAGUAUCACAAAAUCCACUGAUUAAAUGUAAGUUUUAUAUAUCUAAACAAAUAGUGAUCCCAAGCGGACAGUCACAAAAAGAGGACAAAUUCUUAGCGGGAAGUCAUAACUCUUAAUCCAAUAAAGGCAGGAAAUUAUAUGUCCAUUACAAAAAAAAAAAAAAAAAAAAAAAAAAAAAAAAAUACAAACUUGGAAACUGACAAAGAACAUUCAUGUUCAUACAUUUUAAAAUGCCGAAGCAGUUGUCUGGUUUUACCUUCAUAACGUACGCUAAAAGCAUAAUAUUUGAAAGCAAGAAUGUACAUUACGCUAAAAGUACUAAUAAAAUUAUUAAAAACCAAGAUAGUUUAAAAAAGGGACGUCCAUACAACCUGACAAAAUCAUACACUCGUCUAUAUUAACCAAGGGAACGAAUUGAACACAACUGCUGUAUUACUCACGAGACGAGGGAAGAACUAUAUGACCAAAGGAACCUAAAAUUGUAGACAAAUUGAGGUCAACCUUGUCUGAGGUAGCUGGACACAUUAAUUGUAUAUACUAGUUAUGCAUUUUCUUUCUUUUCCUUCAGUAAUACGAACAUUAUUUUUUUAGCACCGAAUGUCAUAAUUCUAAUAGAAAUGCAGUUUGAACUGUUGAUGUGUUUAUUACUUCAUAUUUCAAACGGUAAUAAGACAUUUGUAAAAGAAUACACCACAGCUAAAAUCACAUGUCCUUUAAAACUGACUGAGAAGGAUAAUGUUUCAUGGUAUUAUGAAGAAUCAAAACCAAUUGUUAUAAUGAAUGUCAUUAAUCCUGAAUUCAAAUUCAAGUAUAGUAUCAAUAGUGCAUUAAAUGAAGGAAAGUCCAGCUUAAACAUUUACAAUUUCACUAAGAGUAAUGAGGGAAAGUAUAGUUGUCAAGGAAUUGUUGGCGGUGAGCAUCAGGAAGGAAUAGUUACCGUAUCCCUAUGCAAGAUGUCGGAACUGCUCAGCACAUUCUCAAAGUAUCUUAACGUUAAUGUAUGGAGACAUGCAGUUCGACAAAGAUACGUUUUAUGCUCAGACGGUACUACCAUAUUCUCCAAUAGAUCUGAUAGUUAUGAUUUAUUCAAUGAUUUUUUCAAACUGAAAGAUUCCCCUCAGCUAACAGGAAUAGUGGAGACGAACAAAGACAAAAUGAAAGGACAAACAGAUAGAUAUAUAUGUUUCACGGUGACUGGGCACCAAUGCAGUAUUACCGAUGUUGAUUCUGAAUUUCAUUUAAAGAUUGAAUGGAUUUCAAGUGAAGAAAAGGAGCACCGAAAACUUAACAACAGUGAAUUGUAUACCUACACAUGCACCUGUAAUUUAUCAGGGGUUGAGGAAAACACUAGCUGCAAUGAAAGCAUAGACGCAUACGUUCUAAAUAAAACUCUAUUGUUUAAGGAAUAUAAAAUGAUCAACGAUGGCACUUACCAGUGUUCACUUGCACAGAAUAAAACAGACAACUGGAGUACUAACACCAGAUUACCGAAAUGGGCUUCAGGAAUUAUUCAAGUAUAUCUACUUAUUGGUGCUUCCGUUGUAUGUGGUAUGGUUAUAGUCGGUGUGUUUAUCUUGGCCAGCAGAAGAGGUCUGUAUGACCACCCAAAUGCAACAAAUCCACCAGAAAGCUUACACUCUGGAUUACCUGAUGACCAAGAACAUGGGUCUGUUGAUAACGAGUACGAAGAAAUUGACAGUGUCUCUUAUCAUUCAGUAAACUUACGUAGUUACGGUUUUGAAAACACCAACCGACUGAACUCCGAAAAUGAUAGAGUUUCUGAUAAUAGACCAAUUUCUAGCAGUAGUAGAAGUUCUUUAACAUUGUUUCAUUUCUACAUAAACACAUCUAUUGGCAGUACGAAUAAUAUGCCGGCUAGUUACGAAAAUGAAUUAAGUCAUCCAAGUCAACUGGGCACUUGCGAUAUUUGGACUAAUAAUAGCCAAAGCAAUAAUACUUCUGAAAGUGGAACACUUCAAGUUAAUCAAUACAUGAACAUCGCUAAUUCCGACUUCCCAAAUGAGUAUGAAGAUUUGAAACACCAAAGUGGCGAUACACACACAUACGAAACUCUUCCUUCAGAUGGUUAGAAAACAAAGUGGAAACUGCAAAGGAAUAAUGAAUACGUUCCAAGUUGUUUUCUUUGUCGCUCAUGACUCUUGCAUGGAAUUUCUUGAUAUGAUUACAUAUGAAUAGCAAUACACAGUCGUUAACAAUUGAGAUAUGACUAUACAACAUAUAAAGCUCUAAAUCGUCCCGAGUCUUAGAUAACACGUUAAUAAAUGAACGUACAAAACAAACAUUUCGAAAACAAAGAUAUACUGCUAACGUGAAUGUUUUGAUACAAAUGAGAGAUUAUACAAGCUAUAAAACCAGGUUAAAUCCACCAUUUUCUACAUAAAAAUAUGCUUUUACCAAUUCAGGAAUAUGACAGUUAUAAUCCAUUCGUUAGCCUUUUGAUUACGGAGUGUCCGAUUUGAUUUUUCAUCGGAAUUCGGUAUUUUUAUUAUUUUACUUUAUACAUAUUCAUGCAUCAUCAGGAAAGAUGAAAAGAAAGAACUUAAGUAAUAAAAUUGUGUGUCUCCUGACAGAAUGUGAAAUACAAGAAUGAUUAUACAGCUGAAACGGGGGUGUAAACUAUUUGUAUAAAGUUUAUAUUUCAGAAGGUAGAACACCUGGAUACUGCCUAUGGUGUAUAAACGAUUUCCACUGGCAUUUGUCUUUCGUUUUUGUGGUUCAGCGACUGCUUACAUAUGUUAAAGGCUUAAAAGUUUAUAUAAAUUUUUGACAUAGAUAUCCCGGUUACAAUGAGUAAUAUGACAACUGUAUUUUUUUAGGGGCCAGCUGAAGCCCGUCUCCGGGUGUUGUAUUUUCUCGUUAUGUUGAUCCAUUGGUAGUCGUGUGCUGUUUUCUACUCUUUGGUCGGGUUGUUGUCUCUUUGCUAGGUUCCCCGUUUCAUUUCUCAAUGUUAUUGUUGGUAUAUAGCGUCAUUGCAAAGUGUACAUAUUUGACAAGCAUGAUUCAUCUGACCUUGACGUAAUUUUUAUGGUUCAUUUGUCGACUUUAGGUUUUGUGAUUAGGUUCGUUUAAGAGAUAUUAUCAGCAAUACAUGCAUUAUGUUAGUUGUGUUUGUUUAAAGCAUGAUUUGUAGGUGUACUUAUCCUUCUGCCAAAGGUCAUCUGACGGUGUCCUCAUUUGAAUCGUUUAUUGGUCAACGUUGUUAAUUGGUGAAUAGAAAUAUAAUAUUGUUAUGUCGGUAUUGUGGGACUUAUCUGAUCUCAACAUUAUUUCAAUGAACCAUUGAUAAUGUUGACGGUUUUGUCUUCUUGUUAACAAACAAAUCCAGUUUGCAACAUUGUUGUUUCUUUUGUUAUUUAUUUCCAUAUCUAUAUAUUUUUUA